ACAGCCCAAAAGGCCCAAACUCUCUCUCUCUCCCGCAAACAGCACAAAAAGGCAGCAGCUUUGCUCUGCUCGGGUGUUCCGCCGCCACCGCCGCCGCCGACGAAUCACUCCGGCGGGCUCUUCCCUCCUCCUCGUCGUCGUCCACCGGCGACCGGCGCUUCGUACGAAGAUGUUGAACCUCUUUAAGAUAAAGGGACAGAAGAAGGAAGAGGCGGCAAAUACAAAUGGGAGACCUCCUGCUAAGAAGCAAAGUCCAGGAGAAUUACGUCUCCAUAAAGACAUUGCUGAGCUUAAUCUUCCAAAGAAAACCAACAUUACUUUUCCUAAUGGAAAGGAUGAUCUGAUGAACAUUGAGAUUACUCUUCGGCCUGACGAAGGAUACUAUGUGGGUGGAGCUUUUGUUUUCACUUUACAAGUUCCUCCUACUUACCCUCACGAGCCGCCCAAGGUCAAGUGCACGACUAAGGUUUAUCACCCUAAUAUUGACUUGGACGGAAAUGUCUGCCUGAAUAUCCUGCGUGAAGACUGGAAGCCUGUCUUGAAUAUCAAUACCAUUGUAUAUGGUUUGAACCUUCUUUUCAUUCAACCCAAUGACGAGGAUCCCUUGAACCAUGAUGCUGCGGCUGUCCUCCGAGAUGACCCACAAAAGUUCCGGAGGAAUGUUCAGACGGCGAUGUCGGGAGGCUAUGUCGACAGGGUGCAUUUUCCAAGGUGUAAGUAAAGGUGUGUGUUUGCUGGUGCUCUGUGGCUGGCUUCUGCCCACCUUACUCCUGAAUACCGUUCUGCAAUCUGAACAAUGUGACUUGCCCAAGAAAUGACAUAUUUGUGUUACAUUUGAGUAUGAAUGAUGCUUGGUUGAAAUGUACUGGAAUCAUGUAAGCGCAACGAUGUUUAAACUGAAAUGUCAAAUGAUGUUUGGAACUUGGCAAUCGUAAGUGUGAAAGUGAACUAUCUUUGACAGUUA